AUGACGGAUAAUGAGACAACAGCCGGAACAGAAGAGGACGAACUUGGAAAUCCUGGUGUGAUGUUUCCGCAUUUGCAAGAACUUGAGAAAAAGUUCUUCGAAAUUGUCGACGAUGGAAGUGUUACUGAAGCUCGAUUAUUCUUGGAGCAACAUCCGGAUUUCAAUAUAAAUGCCAUCAAUUUUCAAGCGUGUGGAUGUACAUGGAUAUUCCCAGGGGCCUGUCGAAAAGCCAAAAUAUCAGUGAAUAUUAUUGUGACUGGUGUCGGCGACAACAAUGGUGCUGGCCCAUUGUUGGGGUCCGCCUCUGUAAACGCACCGCAGAUGGGCGAGAAACGUCGUCGAGCCAUUCUUCCUACAAAAAGGGACACAACCGAGAAAAAGAGUGGAGCUGAUAGCCUUCUAAAAGUCGAUCUCACUACAGGAAGAGACCGUGGCAAGAAAGAAUUUCGAGAAAGUCCAGAAAUUUUUCGGUCAUUCAACCAUUACGGCAUACCGCUUUACGGUAUGAGUGCGCUGCAUAUUGCUGUUAACGACAGAAAUAUGGCGAUGGUUGAGUUCCUGUUGUCUCAUCCGGAUAUCGAUCCGGGCGACACGCAUCUACAUGCAAUCAGAGAUAAUCAAGUGAGGAUCGCUGUGCUGAUAUUGAAUAAGCUGAAUGAAUUGACACCGGGUCUCGAAUACGCUGGUGUCACUCAUAGCCCCGAUUUCCCGGAUGAUACAACACCGCUCGCGGUGGCGGCACAAUACGGGCGUUUCGAGAUGAUUGACAUACUCAGAUUCCGACGUCAUAUUCUGCCGAAACCACAUCCGCCUAGUUGCAACUGCGAUGAGGUUUGCAAACCGGAAAGGGAAAAGGUUGAUAUCGUGACUUUAGAAAAAAUGAGAUUGUUUAUAUAUAGCGCAAUAUCGAAUCCAAUAUACCUUUGUCAAACUGAAGAAGAUCCCAUCUUAAAAGCUUUUCAAUUAUCUGCCGAGUUUAGUAAGGAAGCUUCAUUUGAUAAAGAAUUCUAUCCUGAUUAUAAAGCAUUGUCCGAUGAGGUGUCUCAAUUCGCCACAGAGUUGAUUGAUUGCGCUCGUACCGCCGAAGAAGUUCGAUGUAUAUUAAGACAAAUCACUGGUUUUGGUCGUACUUCUAGUUUCGAAUAUCCCCGACUCUUACUAGCUUUGGAUUACGAGCAGAAAACCUUUGUGGCUCAUCCAAAUGUACAACAGCUCGUCGAGAGCAAGUGGAUUGACACGUGGCAUGAAUGGAAGGUCAGAAACACGUUGCUCAAGUGCUUGACGAUAAUUCCGCGGAUUGUCAUGCUACCAAUCAUGGCGUUCGUCAUGUUGCUUGCACCGAAUUCGAAACAGGCCAAGUUCUAUGAAAUCCCGAUUAAUAAAUGUCUCUCCUCUGUGGCGAAUUACGUGAUAUUUCUCACGUUUGUGUUUUUGCAGUCGCGAAGCGACAAAACCGAACAGCUUCGUGGGCCACCCAAUACUGGAUACGAAUGGGUUCUCGCUAUUUACGUGAUAUCAUACACAAUAGCAUUCAUUCGACUCUGUAUUGUGGACGGUCCGGUUAGAUGCUUUAGAACGCGUACAAACUGGUAUGAGCUUGUUAUGAUCAUAUUGUUCAUUCUGACGUUUCUCUUCUGGAUAGUUGCCGCAAUCGACGUUAGAAUAAAUGGUCAACGUGAUUUAGAAAGAAAAUACUGGCACAAAUAUGAUCCGACUUUGAUAGCGGAAGGGAUAUUUUGUGUCGCAACAAUCAUGGCCUUUUUUAAAUUGUUAUUUAUCUGCCAACUACACUAUGAUCUAGGACCUUUGCAACUUUCUUUAGUUAAAAUGAUUAGAGAUGUCGGUCAUUUUGUUGCAAUAUUCGGUAUCAUUGUUAUGGCAUUUGCAAUUGGAUUGUGUCACCUUUAUCAAUAUUAUAAUGGAAUGGUGCAAACUGAUGACGAAUCAAAACUAAAAACCGAGCAAGAAAGUUCUUUCGUGGAUCUCAAAUCUACUCUAAAGACUCUCUUUUGGGCUGUUUUUUGCAUGAGUCCCGUAGAAAGUGCCGACGUGAUUAUCGAAAAUCUUCCAGGUGGAAGGGACUCAGAGACAAUAAUUAAUCAUCAUACCUUCACCGAAUUUAUCGGUUAUUCUGCCUUUGCCAGUUUCCAAUUUAUUUCCGUGGUAAUCGUUUUGAAUAUGCUAAUUGCAUGUAUGGCGAAUACUUUUACCAAAGUGACUGAUAAUGUCAAUGUAGAGUGGAUCUUUGGUCGUACUGAAGAGGAUCUAGAAGAACAAAAGGAUGAAAGAUUCGCAGAAGUUAUGACACAACUGGUACAACGUUAUCUCCGUCGAUACGAAAAGAAAAUGGAAGAAACGGAUAUACAAAAGUUGAGAAACGAAUUAAAAGAAUUUAGCAAUAUUCUGAAGGAAGCACUUAGUCCAUCUUGA